CGUCUACGAAGAGAAAGCCAUCACGUGACGCGAAGAAUCUUGCCCAGGUGCCAUGUAAGCAGGGCGUCAGGCAACCCGCGCGGGGGGAUCAAGGCCUCCAUGCUAUCAUGGCAGUCGCCGACUACUCGAAGGUACGAGCAGUAGACACUUUGCAACGUGACAAUGAUUGAGGCUACCCCCAUCCCCAACGUCGCCCGUCAUGAAGCGGCACCCAUCCAUGAGCCCAAAUUCACCAACUUCCUCCAUCUGCCCGCCGAGCUACGUCUCAAGAUCUUCGCAGCCUAUUUGCAACUCGAGACUGCGCACAACGACUCAACGCUGGCGGAUCAUGGCCACGUCAGGGACACCAAGCCAUGUUGCGACGUCUUCGAGGCCUUUUUGGAGAAUGCGCGCAACAACUCGACUCUAGCAAAGCAUCUGCACGUCGACACCUACAACAACCCAUGUUGCACCUGGCGCUGGCCAGAAGACCUCAUCAUCUGCGAUCGAAAGGCCGAUGACGAACUGACAACCGCGACAGUCGCGCCCUGGCUCCCUGCUCUCGCCUUUGCGAACAAGCAGCUCCUGAGCGAAGUCGCCCUCUUCAUGCUCUCAACAACCGAGUGGUUCGACUUCAAAUACGAUUCAAAGAAGCCAUUCAAGAUCGCCCGUUGGUUCGCAGACUUCCUUUCUACGUUCCCCGCGGUCAUCAUCGACGGCGUGAGAACCACUGAGGCAUUUGCGGCCAUCAAACGCAUCAACUUCCCCCACGUAAAGUACAGAGCGCAUGUCCGCACCAAAGGUGGCAUCGACAACAACCUCGAUAUCAGCCUAAUGCUCAAGUGCACCCAGCUCGACACCAUCGCCAUGUCAUUCCACUGGAUCCAGCUCGUCGAUAGAGCGUACACACAAUACCAGAGACCUCGCGAUUUAGAAGACUUUCUGGAGACUUUCGAAUUUAGGCCGAUGCUUGACCAUGGCGGGGUUAAAAAAGUGUAUCUUGAAGGUAUAAAUCAUCUUCAGGGAGGGGAGUGGCGGUUGGCUUGUCUGUAUAAAUUUGGCGAGUGGCUAGUGAAGGGGUAUAGGAAGCGGGGGAGGGAGGUGGAUGUUCAUAUUAGUCAGCGAUGCCAGCGGUUUGACGGGAGGACCGUGGGUCCGAAACUUGUUGUGGAGGACAGUGAGGAGGAAUUGGAAGAACCCAAGGUCAACCGGAAGUCUUGGAAGCGCAGAAGUGGAAGAGUCAGUUCAGCAUCUCUUGCUCAGACUGCUGGUUGACCUAUCGCACUGUGGAGAUGGUAAUUUGGUACGCGAAACGUCAGUAGUUGAGACCGACGAUUCUGUAGAUAUGGCAAUCAAUAAAACAGGAAGAAGGAGAGAUUGGGAUCCGUCUCCAUAGUUCAAAUGAAGAAAUCUACCCCCAUAGGAUUGCAGUAAUGGAGUUGCUCGAGUGGAUGAAGCAGCUCUUCGAGCAGGCGUAACGGACUUGCGAACGGCAGUAAGCUGCCAACGACGUGUCACAUCGCAACGGGAUACUGUCAAAUGAU